GAUCUGCCACGUCUUAAGAUGUGUAUAAAUUCACCUCAUUAGGGUUUCCACCUUGUCAACGACGGCGCAGCAGAGCAGCGGCAGCCAUGGUUCUCAAAACUGAACUCUGCCGCUUCAGUGGUACCAAGAUAUAUCCUGGAAAGGGUAUUCGAUUUGUGCGUUCAGAUUCUCAGGUCUUUCUUUUUUUCAAUUCAAAAUGCAAGAGGUACUUUCACAACCGUCUCAAGCCUGCAAAGCUCACCUGGACAGCAAUGUACCGAAAGCAGCAUAAGAAGGAUAUUGAUGCUGCGGCUGUGAAGAAGAAGCGCCGAACUACUAAAAAGCCUUAUUCUAGAUCGAUUGUUGGUGCCACUUUAGAUGUGAUUCAAAAGAAAAGAUCUGAGAAGCCAGAAGUAAGAAAUGCUGCUAGGGAAGCUGCACUUCGUGAAAUCAAAGAGCGAAUCAAGAAAACCAAGGAUGAGAAGAAGGCAAAGAAGGCCGAGUCGGUUGCCAAGACCCAGAAGACUCAGACAAGAACUGCAGCAAAAGGAGCUGCACCGAAAGGUCCGAAGCUUGGGGGUGGCGGAGGAAAGCGCUGAAGCCCAUUUCUACCAUUCUUCCAAUUUAGUUUCAGUAGAUCUUGUCGUAUUUGACUGCAUUGCUCUUGUGUUCCAUUUUUAGCAUUUCAAUUGACUCCUUUUAAGUUAAAUUUUCAGUCAGUCAGUUUUGAAUCAAAUUGUAUCAGAAGUCAGAAGCCCUGCAAUUUAUAAUUAUUGCAAUUAUCACUA